AUCUUACUUUCGCAUGUAUCUACUUUAACUAAUAUAAUUCUGUAAUAACGUCCUUUGUGUUGUACAGUCUUCAAAGCAUCUAUAAUACCUUGAUACGCCUAUGAGGUAGUCUACGUAAGGUGCUGACCACGAGGUAUGACUUCGAUGUUAGCUGGUUCGUCACAUCAUUCCCAUCGAACUUGAGUAGGCCUUCAAUCAUUCGAUAUAGAUCAUCUACAUUGGUGAUCACUAGAUCAUAUAACAGACUCUAGCUAAAAUGUUGAUCGCUUAAAUAUCGCUCAAUGAUUCAUCCUCCUCCCCAUGUAUGUAUGUAUGUACUCAAAUCUUGUUAUUAGUCCUUGCUUUACUUUGCUGAACCCUUAUGCAAUUUGCCGAUGAGCUUAUAGCUAUAUGAUCUGCGCUAUCCUUUAAUAAACUGUAGUUGCCAAGUCACCGUUUAAAAUUUAUAUUAUAACAGUUAUUAAAGUGAUCAAUUAACGAAGUAAAACCACUACAAAAUGUUUACGGAUCCCUUUUUAUUCAAUAGUUCUUUAGUAGUAAUUACGUAAUUGUUCCAAUGAAAGUAAACAUAUGACAUUAUAGAAUAUUGUGAAAAUAUACAUUAAGUAAACAAUUCUUAAAUGCUUCUGUUACUAAGCUGUAUAUUAUUGAUUUUUAACUCAUAAUGAAAAUCACUUUAACGGAAUACUUAUUUAAAAAAAAAAAAAGAAAUCCACACAAAACUACGCAAAGCAAUUUGAUUGAUUUUUUUUUUAGGUUUUUUUUGGUUUAUUGUAACAUACCUACUGAAAGUACCAUGUGAACAAUGAAGAGGUAAACGUUUUUUUUUGUUUCUUCUUUUUCUUUAGUUUUGUCUUAAUUUACUACUAAAUUUAUAAUUAAUUGACAUAUUACGAUACCUUCCCUCCCUCCCUCUCUGUCUCUGUCUCUCUCUCUCACACACACACACAUACGCACUCGCAAUCGUACACACAUACGAACACAUACAUACACAUAUUAGAAAAUCAAGAACAUACAUUUUUGUAUGUGUAGUCUGAAUAUUAUCAAUCAUAUGUAAUUUGUAAAUAGUCCUUAUUAGAUUUAUAUGAUCAUCAUAUUCUCCUAAUAAUGAUUUCAUCAUUAUAUAGUUACAUGUUUAUUAUUUCAUAAUACCAUUACACGAAAGAAUAGCAGCUUUAAAAUAAAAAAAAAGCAAAAAAACAAUGAUGAAAUUGCAAUUAACCCAAAAAUUUUGGUUCUUUCUAUUCAUUAUAUUGAAUAGUUUUCUUGCAGUAUCCAGUUUUAUAUUAUUUGUAUUAAGUCUUAAAGCCCAGGAUAAUUUACUUAAAUAUAAAUUAAUAUUACAAUAUACAAUACCAGCUAUUUAUCCAACAGGAAUAUUUACAGGAAGUCUUGGUUUAAUAACAGCAUGUUUAGGAUUUAUUGGAUUAUGGAAACAAAUGAAUAUUUUAUAUCUUUUACAUAUCAUUUGUUUGUCCAUAGCAACAAUAAUCAAUUUAUGUAUAGCUAUUGUAUCCGUGACAAAUGAUCAACCAUUUUUUAUCAAUGCUAAACAAGCAUUAAAUACUACUAUUAAAUAUUAUUAUCAAAAUGAUGAAUAUGCAAAUGAAUUUGAUAAAUUACAUAGAAAGUUUUUCUGUUGUGGAGUUUAUUCGUAUGCUGAUUUUAAAAAAGCUAGAUUAAUAAUACCAUUCUCAUGUAGAGUUGGUCAGUAUGUUUAUGCAAGAGUAAGUCAGUAUUUAUUUAUUUAUUUAUUUAUUUAUUUAUUUAUUUAUUUAUUUAUUUCAAUAAUUGAGAUCAUGAGUUCAUUCAAGCUAGAUAACCAUGGAAAACCUGGAAGUCUUGGACGGUCAUUUCGUCUUAUUGUGGGACUCCUCAGCAAUGCGUAUCCACGAUCCCGACUCGUGAGAUUCAAACCCAGGACUUAUCAGUCUCGUGCCAGGCACUUAACCAACUAGACCACUGAGCCGGCAUCUAAUGGUGUUAAUGUUUAACUUCAACUAAUCCACGAAAUUGGGCGAAACAUUCACCAUUGUCUUCAGUGAUUUACUAUCCCACAACAGACCUGGUUGAACUCCACUGGUCAUUGCUUCUCACUAGAACUCCAGGAUAUACCUCUUGAAGUCAGUCAUUAGUGAGCAUAUGUUGAUUACAAUCAGAUAAGGGUUUUGUUGAGAUUGUAGUAUUUUCAAUAAUUGUAUAAUAAGCUUAUUUCAAAUUAGACAUUAGCAUUGUUAGACAUUUGUUCAGUGGUCUACAGGUUAAGACUUCGCUCGUAAGAUUGAAGAUCCUGGAUUCAAAUACCAUGUACGGGAUUAUGGAUGUUUACUAUUGUAAAGUCUCAUAUUAAAACAAAACAGUCAUCCAGUGCUUCCAGGUUUCCAAUAGUGAUCUAGAUUUAUUUGAAUCAUGAAUUCAACUAUUAAAAUUAUUACAAUCUCUCUCUGUAUAUAUACUGAACACUGGAUUUAUUAAAACCAAACGAACAUGUUUGUUAACAGGUUCUACCAUGAUUUAUUGAUUAAUCAAUAAUUUGCAAUAGUAUCUCAUAAUGUUUAUGAUCAAUCUGUGCUACAACUAAGGAUAAUUAUACUGAUACAUUCAGGCUUUAAUACUAGAGAGAGAGAGUAUAAGUGAUAAAAUAAACUCUGAUAUGAUGUGAAGAUUACUUAGAAUAAUCUAGGGAAUAUUUAUUAUCUCAUUAGCAUUUUUGUAAAUCAUUGGUAGUUAUGUUAAUAGAUGUUAAACUGACCAAUGUUAUAGGUAUAGACGUUUCAUACAAUAUGUUCAACCUAUUGACUAAAUCGAUCGUUAAAGCUAUAGCAAUCUCACUGUAGUCCUUGUGAAUAGAUACAAGGUUUUGUGAUGAAUUGUGUUUUUUUUUCUUCUGAGUUCCACGUCGACCUUAAGAAGUGUUAACAUUGCGAUUAUAUGCUUUAAGAAUUUACAUGGGUCAUGGAUGCGCACUGAUGAGAAGUCUCACAGUAAGACGAAACGGCUGUCCAAUUCUUCCAGGUUUUUAGUGAUGGUCUAGAUUUAUUCGAAUCAUAAUCUAAACUAUUGAAAUUUACAGGAUGUUUCACCUGUCAGACACUGGUUAUCGAAGUUAUUGAAAAUCUUUUUCUAAAGUUGACUUAACAGUAGAAGCCCAUUAUACAUUCGGAUUCUGAUAAUUAAACAUGUAAUACUUUUAUCAUUAUAAACAGUGAAUCAUCAUUCAAUAGAUCAUGAUAUUAGAAAUUUUAAACUCAUGUUUCGGCAUUUAUUGAGCUCUAGUGGAUAUAGUUUGGAAGUCAUUAUUCCAUGAGAAUCUAAUUUGUAUUCCGGAAAUCAUAUGAAGUUUUCAUACCGAUGAUUACUUACCAUAUUUCAUUCGUGACUACUGAGAUAAUGGAGCCAUAAUGUUUUGUUAUUAUGCAAAUACACUAGUCGAACCGUUUAAUAAACACCAACAUUUAGUGUAGUACUUAAAGGAAAGUACCUUUGAUUACUCCGCUUAUCAAGUAACAAGUAAAUUGAAUCACAUCAUGAACUCAACUGAAAAAAAAACAUAAGGAUCGUGAAUUGAAUAAAUCAUUAUGCAAUAUGUUUCACAGUUCCGGUGAACGAUAAGCUAUUAGCACACUACUUCAUAUGAAAGAAAACUUGAGUUGUGUGUAACAAACGGAAACAUCUAGGCAAAGAUGGAUAGUGGUUAGCUGUGGAAUCUACGACGCGCGUUUCGUCCUAUUCAGGACUCGUCAGCAGGAUGUACCUGCAUCUCAGAUGUUGAUGUUCACUCUGGGUCUCGAACUCAAUAUCGUUCACUUUUGGACGCCAUUGCGUUAUCCACUUAGCUACUGAGUCUUAAUAGUCACCUGCUUGUGCAUUGACGUGAAGUUAUAUUCACUUGGUGUUUUGUACUUGUAUCUUCCCAUUGUUAUUUAGGACUGCAAUUGAUCAGUCUCUAUCUAUCUUUACUUAUAAAACUCGUGACUUCAGGCAAUAUUGAGGCAAUCCGCAUAAGAUGCAUAUAUACCAAUAAGAGAUUGAUCAAUUUCAGUCGUAAAUAACAAUGAGAAGAUACAAGUAAAACAAUACCAAAUGAAGAAAGCAUCUGAAUAAAUCGAAAAUUCAACAGAAGAUAUGAUAUUCAGACAUUGAUUAUUCAUCUAGACUUAGAUACAGUAUUUGAACUUUUGUUAUCGUUAAACACUGAUAACCAUUAGAAGUGAUUGUAACUGAUCAUAUUUACAAUCAUGCUUAUACAUAAUUCCUUUCUUAUUGUACGAGUUAUUUACUUAUACUUCAUAAGAACGCUUUCGAUAGCGAUAUCCUCUAAGUUCAUCGAAAUUGUUAUAUAUAUUUAAAACAGUUAGUCCCAUUGAUAAAUUUUGAUAAUGCAAUGAGAAGACGAAGUUUAUCAGAAUUAUGUGAUAUAUUAGCGCAAUACAUUUGGAACAAUCUGAUCACACAUAUACUUGUUAAGAGCAUUUAUAUAUAAAAAUAAAAGGUCAACUAGACAGGUUAAGGGUAAGUCAUGACAAAGGAAAAAAAUAUUAAAGUACACAAAACAAAUGUGAUUACCACUCUGGAUAAUAAAUCAGUAUUACCAGGGUAGGUUUAGUGUAAGGACAAAUUGUUUUUGAACACAUAAAGGGGGUUUUAGUUUCCGUAUAACCAAGGCUUCAAUAAAUCUUAGUAUACGUCCUUGAAGGCUUUUGUAUAACACUACAAAUGCUGAUUUGAUGUCGACCUUAUGACCCGUCUCAAUCAAAUGUUUCGCAAUGGAGGAUGAUGUCUGUCUAUCCUGUGAUCUUAUUUGACCAUUGGAUUUUAUAAACAUUUCACUAUUAUUAUUAUUCACAAGUCCUUUAUUCUAUCCAGUGUUAGCUAAUAACUUCCUACAAGACAAAUUGACUAAACUCAGAUACAAGAAUAUCACUGAUGUAUUUUAUUAAUGCAAUUAAUGGUAUUCAGGAUGAAGAUAAAAUGAUAGAAUGAUAGAUAGAUAAAUAUUCAUUAUAUUUUCAUUCUGAUACUUGACAAGAAUAUGUAUUCUCAUGUGAUAUGUAUAUAAUUACUUAUAUUAUAAAAAUAGUCAGUCACUCAGCUACAACGUAGGACCAGGCACAUAUAUGCAUCAGUUUAAGUUGCCAAAACAGCAUUAGUACAGCAAGAUGACCACCGGAUUCAUAGGAGUGAUUAAGUCAAUGGUGGUAAUAUAUAAAAGAAAGAUUGCAUGUAAGGAUAUAGUACAAGAAGAAAGUUAUUUCAUAGAAAGAUAUGAAAUAAUUUUAGUCUCAUAGUUUAAAGAAAGAUAGAAACUGUAUACACCUACGCCAUUGUGAUCGAUUCUGAGC